UUGGACGAUCAGUUGGACGAUCAGUUGGUCGACCAGUUGGACGAUCAGUUGGUCGACCAGUUGGACGAUCAGUUGGUCGAUCAGUUGGACAAUCAGUUGGUUGACCAGUUGGUCGAUCAGUUGGUCGACCAGUUGGACGAUCAGUUGGUCAACCAGUUGGACGAUCAGUUGGAUGAUCAGUUGGACGAUCAGUUGGACGAUCAGUUGGUCGACCAGUUGGUCGAUCAGUUGGUCGACCAGUUGGUCGAUCAGUUGGUCGACCAGUUGGUCGAUCAGUUGGACGAUCAGUUGGUCGAUCAGUUGGACGAUCAGUUGGACGAUCAGUUGGACGAUCAGUUGGACGAUCAGUUGGUCGACCAGGUGGUCGAUCAGUGGGUCGACCAGUUGGUCGAUCAGUUGGUUGAUCAGUUGGUCGAUCAGUUGGUCGAUCAGUUGGACGAUCAGUUGGUCGAUCAGUUGGUCGAUCAAUUGGUCGAUCAGUUGGUCGAUCAGUUGGACGAUAAGUUGCCCAACCAGUGUCCCGAUUAUAUAUAUAUAUAUUGCCCAACCAGUGUCCCGAUUAUAUAUAUAAAAAUGAACCUGUUUGAAGGACUGAAUGAAAAUCUUUUUAUGAAAUUAGUUGCGAUUGAAGGUGAUGUUACUGCUCCAAAUUUAGGCAUUCAUGCUGAAAAAAAAAGAAUGCUACAAGAACAGGUGUCCAUCAUUGUACAUACAGCUGCUACAAUAGAUAUAAAUGCAACGUUACGAGAUGCCUACCAUGUAAAUGUAACUGGUACAGAAAACCUUCUUGCGGUCGCCAAAGAUAUGAAGAAAUUACAGGCUUUUUUACACUUAUCAACUUUUUAUUGCUGUAUGACAGAUGAAAAAACCACUAUUGAAGAAAAGUUGUAUUCCCCACCAUUGUAUGUAAAAGAUGUUCCAAAAGUACUAGAGAAAUAUGGGCAUAUGCGAUUUCCUCCCCAAAGUGUUUUGGUUGGGUGUAGUAAAAAAGAUCCCUACAAGGGAUGGAUGGAUGUUUUUAAUAUCCACUCAUCUAUUCUGACCGCAAUUUCAAAUGGUCUUCUUCGACUAUUAAGUAUUAACAAAAAUACUGUUUGGGAUUUUAUACCAGUUGAUUAUGUUGCGAAUCUAAUGAUUUUAGCAGCCACCAAAUGUAAAAAAUCAACUGAAGUAGAUAUUUACAACUGUGCUUCUAGCGGCAUUAACCCAGUGACGAUUUCAUCAGCUGCUUCUAUAUUUAUAUCAGAUUUCGUAACUAACAAAAAGAGACAACAACCUAUAUUUUCCAAUGGCGUUUGGCUGUGUGGUAAUUGUUCAGACAUAAAUGAAGCAAAUAUUAUAUAUAAUGAAUCCUAUGACGUUGAAACCUCAAAUGAUGAAAUGGAAUUACAGAUUGGGUUCGCAAUGGAUAGUAUGCGAUGCAUUAAAAUUAAAACUGAUGAAGACAGCAAAGUCGCACGUGCUAGCGGUGCAUGUACAAAUGCUGUGAAUGAUGAAGGUCUGACGAAGGAUAGCAAAAUUAACACUUGA